GUGUAGAAAUUGGAGGAACAGUCUUAUUUCCUUACAUGAUAAGUCGGUAGGACGGUUGGACUGGAGCUGUGUCGAGAAUAUGCCCCCUAAGAAGCCAAAGGACGCCACGGCAAACAUCUCCAGCUCCAUCGAGUCUGAGGACAUCAGUCUGGAGACAACAGUCCCCACAGAGGACAUAUCGUCUUCAGAUGAGAAAGAUGGAGCAGGGAAGGUCACAAAACAGCUCCUGGAAAGAAAAGAGCUGCUUCAUAACCUUCAAAAACUGAAGAUAGAGCUGUCACAGAAAAAUCUGCUCAUAGACAACCUCAAAGUGGACCAUCUUACAAAGAUAGAGGAGCUAGAGGAAAGGCUGAACGAUGCUCUCCAUCAGAAACAGGUGCUCGCUCUGCGUCUGGACAGCCAGCUCAAACUACAGCAGGAUGAAAACAGGAAGCAGCAAGUCUUGAGGAAGCAGGAGAUGGACACCAUCAUGCUCAGACAGAAGCAGCUGGAAGAGACAAACCAUCAGCUGUGUGAUCGAGCAGGUGAUCUCCGCAGGAGCUUGAGGGACCUGGAGCUGUCUGAGGAGAUUUUUAAUUUUUUUCCCUAA